AUGACUAAAAGCGCUGAAGGAUUGGUAUCAGUCGUUCUUGGUGCUCAGUGGGGAGAUGAAGGGAAAGGGAAGUUGGUGGACCUUUUGAGUGAGUCCUCUGGUGUGGUCUGUAGGUGUCAAGGGGGAAACAAUGCAGGCCAUACCGUUGUUGCUGGAGGACAAGAGUAUUUCUUUCAUCUAUUGCCCAGUGGUAUAGUAAACCCUAAUGUUUUAGCUGUGAUUGGCAACGGUGUUGUUGUCAAUUUGCAAGCCCUUUUCCAAGAGAUAGAUGAGGCUGUGAGCAAAGGGUUAUUGGAUGUAGCUUCUCGUUUACGGAUAUCUGACAGGUGCCACUUGGUAUUUGACAUCCACCAAGAUAUCGACCGCAUGGAGGAGGAAUUACGGGGUGUAAAUUCUCUUGGCACGACUAAAAAAGGUAUUGGUCCGACGUAUUCUUCAAAAGUAACUCGCAAUGGUCUGCGUGUAUGUGAUCUCAUGGGAGACUGGGUACAGUUCACAGCAAAAUACAGAGAACUAGUAAAUUAUGUUAAAAGAAGAUAUCCAAAACUUGAGACUAGUGUUGAAGAAUCAUUAGAGCAACUGAAAACCUAUCGACAGAAGUUGUCGGGGAUGGUAUGUGAUUCGGUCACACUGAUUAAUAAACUUGUGGAAAGUAAGCAGGCAAAUAUUUUGGUGGAGGGCGCCCAAUCCUGCAUGCUGGACAUUGAUUUUGGAACAUAUCCUCAUGUCACCUCUUCGAAUUGUAGUGUUGGAGGUGUAUGUACUGGCCUGGGGCUUUCUCCUUCUCGUGUUGGUCCUGUAUAUGGUGUUAUCAAAGCUUAUACAACACGGGUCGGCUCUGGUACUUUUCCUACUGAGUUAUUAGAUGGGAUUGGUGAGUUCAUUCAAAAGAGAGGAUGUGAAUGGGGUGUGACCACUAAACGUAAACGACGGAUCGGUUGGUUAGAUACAGUAGUUAUACGAUAUGCACAUAUUAUCAAUGAUUUUAACGCCCUGGCUUUGACGAAGAUUGACGUCUUGGAUGACCUAGAAGAGGUGAAAAUAGCUAAAGCGUACGUUGAUCCAGAAACUGGAUGUGAACUUGACAGCUUUCCAUCUGACUCUUCUGUUCUCAAUCGUGUAGUUGUGGUUUAUGAAACUCUUCCUGGAUGGAAAACGUCUACACAUGGUUGUCGUGUUUAUGAGAAACUACCAACUGCUGCCAAAGUUUUUGUAGAAACAGUUGAGAAAUUGCUUAAUAUACCUAUACGUUGGAUUGGAACAGGCGCUUCUCGUGACUCCAUUAUAAUUAGGUCUGUUUAA